CACACACACACACACACACACAGUGAGAAAGACACACACGCAGAAAGAAAGAGAGAGUGAACGAGAGAGCGCUAGCGGCCACUGGACUCCAUUAACGCGAAUCCCGUCAGGAGGUCCGCCGCAGGACUUUAACACUUUUUUCCCGGAUUUUUCCCCAUGAAAGGAUUAAAUAGGCGUCUGAAGAAAAGAAAACUCGCUGACUGUUGAAGUUCUGGACGUUUAAUCGGUGUUGCGUGGAUUUCAUUCGGUGUAUUGGUGAAGGAUGGCGUUGGAUGGUAUACGAAUGCCAGAUGGCUGCUAUGCAGACGGCACAUGGGAACUGAAGAUGCAUGUGACUGACCUCAAGAGGGAUGUGUCGCUGAGAGUCACCGGGGAGAUUCACAUCGGCGGUGUGAUGCUCAAACUCGUGGAGAAACUCGAUGUGAAGAAGGAUUGGUCUGAUCAUGCCCUGUGGUGGGAGAAGAAGAAGACCUGGCUGCUGAAGACUCACUGGACUCUUGAUAAGUACGGCAUUCAGGCCGACGCCAGGCUGCUGUUCACGCCGCAGCACAAGCUGUUACGGCUGCAGCUGCCCAACAUGAAACACAUGAGGGUAAAAGUCAACUUCUCUGACCGCGUCUUCAAGGCUGUGUCCGACAUCUGCAAAACCUUUAACAUCCGUCAUCCUGAGGAGCUCUCUCUACUGCUCAAGCCACGCGACCCGAAGAAGAAAAAGAAAAAGCUGGAGGAAGCUGAGGAGGAGACGCUGGAGCUAGAUGGACCCCUGCUCACCCCGGGAUCAGAUGUAAUAUACAUUGGACCGGUGAAAGGAAGCAUCUACUCCAGUCCUGGACUUUACAGCAAAACCAUGACACCUACUUAUGACUCUCGUGAUGGCAGUCCUCUGUCUCCCACCACAGCGUGGUUUGGAGACAGCCCGCUGUCAGAGGGCAAUCCCAGCAUCCUCGCUGUUAGCCAACCCAUCUCCUCACCUGACAUUGUGGUUAAGCUCUAUAAAUCACAGACUUUGUUGGACAAGGCCAAGAUUAACCAGGGGUGGCUGGAUUCCUCGAGAUCACUGAUGGAGCAGGACGUGAAGGAAAAUGAGGUGCUUUUACUGCGGUUCAAGUAUCACAGCUUCUUCGACCUCAAUCCUAAGUAUGAUGCCAUCAGGGUGAACCAGCUGUACGAACAGGCGAAGUGGGCCAUCCUGCUGGAGGAGAUCGAAUGCACCGAGGAAGAGAUGAUGAUGUUUGCCGCUCUACAGUACCACAUCAACAAGCUGUCCAUCAUGUCUUCAGACAAUCACAUGAACAACAGCGAGAAGGAGGUGGAUGAGGUGGACGCUGCUCUGUCAGACCUGGAGAUCACGCUGGAGGGAGGAAAGACUUCCAACGCGCUGGGUGACAUCACAUCUAUUCCUGAAUUGGCUGACUAUGUGAAAGUCUUCAAACCAAAGAAACUCACCCUUAAAGGAUACAAGCAGUAUUGGUGCACGUUUAAGGACAUCACAAUCUCCUGCUACAAGACUCGCGAGGAGGCGCACGGCACACCAGCACACCAGAUGAACCUGAGAGGUUGUGAAGUCACACCAGAUGUGAACAUCUCGGGUCAGAAAUUCAACAUCAAACUGCUAAUCCCUGUAGCGGAUGGUAUGAAUGAGAUCUGGCUGAGAUGUGAUAUGGAGAAGCAGUACGCUCAGUGGAUGGCCGCCUGUCGCCUGGCCUCUAAAGGGAAGACCAUGGCAGACAGUUCUUACAACCUGGAGGUUCAGAACAUUCUGUCCUUCCUGAAGAUGCAACACCUGAACCCGGACCCACAGAUCAUAGAGCCCAUCACCACAGACAUUAACCCUGAGUGUCUGGUGUCACCACGCUACCUGAAGAAGUACAAGAACAAGCAGCCAGGCUUUGUCAGGGACCUGAUUUCUGCCCGUAUCCUGGAAGCCCAUCAGAAUGUGGCACAGAUGAGCCUGAUUGAGGCAAAGAUGCGCUUCAUUCAGGCCUGGCAGUCCUUGCCAGAGUUUGGAAUCACCCAUUUUCUUGCCAAGUUUCAGGGGGGAAAAAGGGACGAGUUGAUCGGCAUCACCUACAACAGACUGAUCCGCAUGGACGCUGGCACAGGAGACGCCAUCAAGACUUGGCGCUUCAGUAACAUGAAACAGUGGAACGUCAACUGGGAGAUAAAGAUGGUCACGGUUGAGUUUGCCGACGAGCCCAGUCUGUCUUUCAUCUGCGCGGAAGUCGACUGCAAAGUGGUGCACGAGUUCAUCGGCGGCUACAUAUUCCUGUCCACACGUGCCAAGGACCAGAACGAAUCUCUAGAUGAAGAGAUGUUCUACAAGCUGACCAGCGGUUGGAUUUGAGCUCUGCUUAUCCUUUAGCAUCGGGGAAGGGGACUGACUUUAUUUUACUUUAACACUUGUUCUUUUUUUUGAACUACUCCAACAUGGUCACAUCAUAAUUGCUUAAAGACUGACAUGUUUGUUGCAUUUGCGCUCCUAAAUGCGUGCAUAACACUAGCCUGAUAGAAGAUUGACUGUCCCCAAGUUUCUUUGAGAAGAAAGUUUUUGAAGAAAAAAAAACGGUUUACUGCGUCUCCCCAGCAAUGAUUGAGCUGUCAGAAUGAAACAAUAGUAGUUAUGGCUAGCACGAUAUAUGUAUGAUCUUUCACCCCGAAUAGAAAUAUGCCAGCUUUGUGCACCAAGAAAAUGCCAAUUUAUUUAUUUAUCACAAACUUUUGUUACAUUUACAUUGUUUCUGGAUAUUUGUUGGAUGCUGCAGUGCUCAUUGUGCCUAUUAAUCUUUUAUAUUCUAACUGCAGUGCAUUCAUGUCAGACACUACAGAAGGAACUUGUUACACUUGUUGUGAUGUUGCUGCUUGUGAAAAGAUGAAUGAAGGAUAUAACACUACAUCAAUUCAGUCUGAUCAUGAGAUGAAGUCAUUAGUAAGCACUUCUACCGUCUUUGCAUCUAUAAGCUUUAGUAUGAAGUGUCCUUGUUUGUAUGGGGUGCGAACGUACCUCUGCUUUUAGCUGUCAUGUGUGUUCAACACUAAAUUUUAGGACAUAUCUUUUUUUACACUAUUGACGGUGGGUCACCCACUUUUUUUGUAGCGAAUGGCUUCCAAUGCAGCAACAUAGGAGAACGGUCAUGAAGAAUUGAAUCUGUUCCUCAAAAAGAUUAUUUUGAAGGUCAUUGAUUUCCAUAUGUAGGAGUUUUCUUUUUUCUUUCUAUGAAGCUAUUUUAUUAUCACCAAUAUAGUAUUAUUCAAAAAGCAGUUCUUUAAAAUGCACCAGCGAUAGGUCACUGUAAAAAAAAACAAUAAAAACAUCCAUUUCCAUUUUUUCUUUUCAACAUGAAGGAACGCUAAAUGAAGUAUACGUUUUUGUAUCUAAUGUAAAAACACAGGUUUUAAAGAAUUGUACAGUUAUGUUGCUGCUUUUUUCUGUCAUUUUUCGGAAGUGUAUUUUUUCCAGAAAGAGGGAAAAAAGCCAUUUUUUGAGAAUCAUUUAGAAUCUGAUGCCUUCGAUGUUACGGUCUAACUGACUUUUAUAAAUAUAUAUAUAAAUGCAUAUGAAGAAAUGGGAAAUGUUUUAAGCUUCUGGUUGGAAUAAAAUAAUUUAGAUAAUUUUAUAUCUCUGAUAUGAGGAGCUUUUGAUUUUUUUCCUGUUGUGUUUGUUGCCUUAACUGACAAAUAAAUGUCCAUAUUCGUUUGAUGCGACUGCUGAAACGCAUGUCCUUUAAGAACGUGUUUCCUACACUUAAACACUAAUCAAGUGCAGCAGAUUCUGUUUUGUAUUUUCUGUGACUUUUGUAGAGCAGCACGUAUUGUCAGUAUUUUUCAUUGUUUCCCAUAUGAAGGUGGUUUCAGCAGUUAGGCGUUUUGGUUUAGUUUUGUUUCCUCAGAUGCCAGCAGUGUAUUGCAUGGCCUGCUGUUUUAUGAUUGUAAAAUGCCAUUUACCUAAAGAAAGAAAUAAUAAAAUCAUUUUAUUUAAAAUA